UAUUAUGUUGGGUUGGUUCGUAUGAAUAAUUAUUAAUGAGUCGCGUCGUCCACGUAGUCAAUAGCCAGAACUCAUAAAACAUUGUUGUGUUGUAUUCAAAUUCCAGUAUUUGAUUUAAUUACCCAGCCCGUCCGUAUUAGUUAUUUAAAUAUAUCGGUUUACGAAUAACAUUAGUCAUUUCUCGUAGCGCGAGCGUUUAGUAUUGACGUUGUGGUUUAGUAUUUUUAAUUUUAUUCUAUUUUUACAUUUAUAUUCGUAAAACGUCGAAAAUGGCCAAAAUCCCCGCGGGACCGGUUGUAGACAUUUUGGGCGACGAAAUGACCCGUAUUAUUUGGGACUUGAUCAAAGACAAACUGAUCCUGCCAUUUUUGGACAUUGAAUUGCACGUAUACGACUUGGGAAUGGAAAACCGAGACAAAACCGACGACCAAGUCACUCUGGAUUGUGCCGAAGCUGUCAAGAAGUACAAUGUCGGUAUUAAAUGUGCCACAAUUACUCCAGAUGAAAAACGUGUGGAAGAGUUUAAUCUGAAGAAAAUGUGGAAAAGUCCAAAUGGCACCAUUAGAAACGUACUCGGUGGAACAGUCUUCAGAGAAGCCAUCGUCUGCAAAAAUAUACCGAGAUUGGUGACCGGAUGGGAGAAACCGAUUAUUAUCGGACGUCACGCUCACGCCGAUCAAUACAUGGCCAAGGACUUUGUUGUUCCUGGAGCAGGCAAACUUACAUUAACGUGGACCUCCAGUGAUGGCAGUGAAAAAAUUGAAGAGGUCAUCAACAAUUUCAAAGGUGCCGGAGUAGCAUUAGGAAUGUUUAACACCGAUUCUUCUAUUAUUGAUUUUGCACAUUCGUCAUUAAAGUUUGCUUUAUCUAGAGGCCUUCCUAUGUAUUUAAGCACGAAAAAUACUAUUUUGAAGAAAUACGAUGGACGCUUUAAGGAUAUUUUCCAAGAAAUAUAUGAUACCCAGUAUAAGUCUCUUUAUGAAGCUAAGGGAAUUUGGUAUGAACAUCGACUAAUCGAUGAUAUGGUGGCUUAUGCAAUGAAAUCUGAAGGUGGCUUUGUAUGGGCAUGCAAGAACUAUGAUGGUGAUGUCCAAUCAGAUUCAGUCGCACAGGGAUACGGAUCCUUAGGUCUUAUGACGUCUGUGUUAAUUUGCCCCGAUGGUAAGACAGUCGAAUCUGAAGCAGCCCAUGGUACUGUUACUAGACAUUAUCGUAUGCAUCAACAAGGCAAAGAGACUUCCACAAAUCCAAUUGCAUCAAUAUUUGCUUGGACCCGUGGGUUGUUGCAUAGAGCACAUUUAGAUAAUAACCAGCAACUAGAAGAUUUCGCCAACAAACUGGAAUCAGUUUGCGUUGAAACAAUAGAAGCUGGUUUCAUGACUAAGGAUUUGGCUAUAUGUAUUAAAGGAAUGAACGGGGUUCAAAGAUCUGAUUAUCUUAAUACUUUUGAGUUUAUCGACAAGCUGGCUGAAAAUUUAAAACUGAAAUUAAAAAUUACUUGUAAAUAGUAAUUAAAUACUACGUAGUUAUACAACUAUUUAAUAAUCAAAUGAAUUUUCUUUGUUUUAUUCAAAUGAACAAUAAUUUAUUAUAUUUAUUUAUUUUUAAAUAAUAGUUUGGAUUUAUUCCAACUAAUUAAGCCAUGAAUUUUACAUAUAUUUAAAGAUUGGUGGUAGAUAAUUUUGUUUAUGUUAUUUUAGUUCAAUUUAUAGUAGGUAUAGUUUUGGUAACUAAAUUAUUAUAAUUUAACAAGACUGAUGAAAUGUUCAUUUAUUUUUUUUGAAAACACCAAAACCAUGUUAAUUAUUUAUAAAAGCUAAAACAGUUAUAUUCUUGGUCUGAUUAUUUCUUUAAAUAUG